CUCUGUCUCUCCCAUUCCUUCUUUUUCGCAUUCCCCCACCUCACUCGUCGGUUGAUUGCUCCCUCGUACUCUCCCGAAUUUUUUUUUUUUUAAACAUCACCCACACAAACUGAAAUUCCCAAUUUCGGUCAUUGGAUCUUUGUUCCGCUUUUGAAGAGAAAACCAACGAGAAAACUAGUUUGAUUUGUUUGAAAUCUUAUCCUUAAAAAGAAGAAAAAAAAAUGUCUCCGAAACUAGACCCCACCGGCCUUUACUAAAAGGAGUGAUCUCGAUUUCCACCCCCGCCGCCAAACACUCAACUUCCGUCUCCUUUUUAACCCCUCCAUUGCGGUGCGCGUUUCAUACACAACACACACAUACACACAGCUCUCAGAAAAAAAAGAAAGAAAAAAGACAGACGAGCCAAACACGAUGCAGAAUACAAUGGUCCAAACGAAUGUCCCACUCGAUCCAACCGGCCUCUACUAAAAAAAAAAAAAAAAAGAAAACGUGACGAAUUGAAGAGUACACGGAAAACAACAACAACAACAACAACGACAACAAGAGAAAACCAUGCGGAAUGCUUCCAUUUGGCGGACGCCAGCCUGUGACAAUCGGUGGCGCAGACGAACAUCACCGGCGUUCGUCGUGUUGGCCUUUUUUGGUCUGUGCUUGGCGGUGACGCAGGCCGAGGAUGGCUACUCGAUUCCGGCCGACGCCAUCCGCAUCCGAACGGAGGAGCUGGGAGCCGACCGACUGACGCAACACCUGGCCGUGCUGAUGGCGAGCGGCGGCACCAACGUCAGCGCCAACAGUUUGGACGUAGGUGAUCCAAUGGACGAGCGAGACAAUCACGUCAACGGCGAAGCGCAGCAAGGUGAACUUGAAGAACUUGAAGAACGAGUUGGUCAAGCAGACGACCGCCACCUUCCCACGGCUCUGGUCAGGCUCAACGCUUUACUACGGGCCGCGGAAGAGCGCAAAGAGCGGCUAGAAUCAAACGCCGCCACGUCUCGUCUACUCUCCAUCAACCGGGGUGGAUUCUUCCGCGGAUUAUUGGUCGUCUGGGUGCCGGUCAGCUUCCUGUUACCUACACUCGCCCACCGUCGUCCGGCUUAUUAUCGAGCUCGAUCCAGUCGCGGAAGGAAGCAUUUCACAGACGAUAAUAACAUCAUCGUCGACAAGCCAAACGUCAAGCCGGCAAAGAUGGCACAUUUCGACUACGAUGCCGACUCUCCCGACUAUAAGUUCGAAUCACAUUACGGACCUUUGCUGUCGCGAUUGGAAGCCUACUUCACGCUGAUGCGGAUCGAUAACAUUCACUGCCGCUGGAAGCUGCUCUGCUACGCCAGCCGGCAGCCAGACGCGUAUCAGCCGCUGUCCAGUCUGUUCCGCAGGCUCUUCGAGCGCAGCAGUAAGCCGGCGGCGGCGAAACCGAUCAAUCAGCAGAGCUAUCACCCGGCUCUGAAGAAAUUCUUUACGUACGUCUGGGCCGACAAGAAAGGCUCUCGCUUCACGUCGUCCGAACAGUGCGACGCCGAGUACAGAAUGUGCCCGACACCCGUCAAUCGCCUCAUCCGCAUGGACAUGAUCCGCUUUUGGCAGAAACUAUCGAAACGCUUCGCUAUCCAACUUCAGGACGAGUGAGCCUCUCAACUCACUGGAAGGCAAAAAUCACCUGCAUCAUCAUUUGAAUAUCAUUUUUAUUUUUUUUUUUUUUCUCAUCGGCAGUUUCAGCACAUUUUGGUCUUUCUAUCCAUUUUUCAGCCAUUUUCUUUUUUUUUUUUUUUUUUUUUUUUUUUUUUUUUUUUUGCAAAGGCCCUUCUUGAGAUUAAUUGGAUUUAUUUUAUUCAGCGACGUAAUGGCUUCUAAACGUGAUAAUAACUAGGUAAAGACGGUUUCGUGCAGACGGGGGAGUGGAAGGUUUUUUGUUUUUGUUUUGUUUCAAGAGGGAAAGAUAGUGACAUCUAGCGAAUACGGAUGUCUUUAUAUGUGAAUAUAACCUAUUUCCGGGGCAGGUCGAAAGCAAUUCGAAAAAAUUGCUCCUUCCCGAAAGAAUUAAUUAUUAAUUAUCAAACGACAAAAAAAAAAAAAAAUAUUCAGAAGAAAUCGAGAACGGCAAAAGAAAAAACAAGUAAAAGAAAAUAUUAAAUUCUAAAUAAUACUAAAAAUAAAAAAAAAAAAUAAUAAUAAUAAGAUACAGAGACAGAGAGAAAAUUAUUAUUUUUCUAUUUAUAUUUAAGACUAAAUGAAGAUCAGGGUUAGUAAUUGAUGAUUGCGUCCACGCCAAGAUUCCUAUAAAUGCGUGUGUAAAUUGUACGGCUCUCACUUCACCAGCCGCAUCUGAGGUAUGGAGAUUUACGUUGUACGGAAGAAGACGGCAAAAAAUAGCCACGAGAGUCGUACUCAUGUACCAUGUAGCCCUGAAACCUGUUGGGUAACAAAUAAGA